UGGAGUCGGAGUGGACAUGCUGCUGCAGCACUGAUCCUCCGGACCUGCUCAAAACCUCCUCCUCUUCUUCCUUCUCCUCCUCCUCCUCCUCUUCCUCCUUCUCUUCCUGCUCCCUUUUCUUUUUUCCCCGACUGCAACUCCCUUUGGAUUACCCUUAAAGCUACUCAACAUGGGUGUCGCAUACAGCGUUGGAGAGGUGGACCAUCUUUACACAUUUUUUGUGCAGUGGUCACCAGAUAUCUACACCAAGGGCUCCAAAAACCAGGGUUUCAUUGUGGUGGAGGAUGACCAUCUUGCAGUGAUUGAUAGUCUGCUACACAAGAAAUCUAUCCACAAAACCUGGGAGAUCAUCACUGCUAAAGACCAGACGCGCAGACAAAGCUUAUGUAGCUCAGAGGACGACCAGCCUGAAGAGCCACUGCCCCAGCUCAGAGAGCCCAGCCAAAUACUGCAGGAUCAACACCUGGAGAGACUGGUCACCCACCUACCUGCUCGAACUCAAGGCUAUCAAUGGCAACUGGUGUACAGUACAGCUGUGCAUGGUACCAGCCUCAGAACUCUCUACAGGAAUAUGGCAAAUGUAGACAGGCCUGUGCUCCUAGUCAUCAAGGACACGGAAAACCAGGUGUUUGGUGCGUUCUCCUCCCAUCCAUUCCGAGUUAGCAACAGCUGCUAUGGAACAGGAGAGACCUUCCUCUACACCUUCAGUCCAGAGUUUAAGAUGUUCAGCUGGACAGGCAAGAACUCCUACUUUGUGAAAGGAUUCAUGGACUCUCUCCAGUUAGGCGGAGGCGGGGGGCGUUUUGGACUCUGGCUGGAUGCUGAUCUGUGCCGUGGUUCCAGCUAUACAUGCCAAACAUUUCACAACCAACCUCUCUCCACCCACCAAGACUUUGCUGUGCGGGAACUGGAGGUGUGGACGUUCUAGUGAGAACAAAGAUCACUAUCAACGUUGCCUGUCUGCAAAUAGCACUAAAAGACUGAGAUGAGGGUUGUCAAAACUAACUAGGAACACUAAGAGGGCGUUUUCAGACGUGUUUUUAAGUUGUCUGCAUCCACUGGUUGGACAUGACAAUUGCAUCAGCUGAGCACAGAAGAGAGCUGACAGGGUAUCGUCACACUCACAUCAGAUCCUUUUAUACUCCAGAUUUAUCCAGAUGUUCAGGCGCAAUUGUGCCUGGUAAACUGUGAGGCCGAAGUGGUUUAAUGCUCGCUUAUGGAACCACCGCACACUACAACUGUGUCCACUGGCGGUGCCUUAGCUGAGGAUAAAGCAUCUGAUGACUUCAGAUCUUCUGUUUUUUUUUUUUUACAUUCCCCUACUUAACACUGAGGUUGUUGGUAGAUGUGUCUUGUGCAUUUCCUUUGUGUCAUUUUCUAUGGAUUAUUUAAAAGCAUUCCUUGGAUAAGGUUUCAUGAGUCCAGGAAUUCUAUUUUUAUACCGUAUCCUCCUUUUAAUGAUCAUUGCCUACCUGUAUAAUGUCUUACAGUGUUAGCACUAUUGAGCCAAAUAAAAGGAGAUUCUGAUAACAA